UAAUCCAUGCGCUCUUCCAUCGAUAUGAGAAGGCUCUUAAUCAACCUGAAGUCAGCCUCAUUAUCGUAGAACAUGACACAGUACAAUUCCUUCUUGCCGCUGCAAGGUUCCAACACAAUAUCGAUCCCAUCGAUGAUAUCGGUGGUGAUGACCAGAGGAUCAUUUUUUCUACUGAUGUGGCCAAACAACUUCUCCAAAUUCAUCUUUUCUCUCUUUGUAUCAUCGCACACGAUGUUCACCGUGAUUAUCUUGUUCGAACGCAACUUGUCACCAAAGAGAUGGAAAAUAUGGAUUUUGAAACAAUUAUCAAACAAUUGCUCUUGCAAAACCCAUGUACCAAGUAUGUACCCAAGAGUGGGAAAAAGUACAACUCUCGAUUGAACGAGUUCUUUGUAUUUCGAACUCAUAUACACGGUUUGGUGAAGACUCAUAUGAUACGAAUCAAGGCAACGAACCUCUCCAAGAUCGUGGGCAAGAUUUGGCAAGAGAUGACAUAUGAAGAGAAACACCCAUAUCGUUUGAUCAAACAGAAGGCAUUAGAAAGAUACCAACAGGAUCGAAAGAUCACUGAGAAAGAUUUCAGACACGAAUAUGUACCAAACAUUAGAGAAUCGCCUAGAGAGAUUGAAUCUGAGAAGGAUAUCGUGCAAGGGGAGAUUGAACCAACCACCAACCAAAUUUAUUACUACCAGAAUCCAUAUGUUAACCAGAUUUGCAUGACAAACGACCAU